AUGAGAGCUCUUCAUUUUUGUAAAAACCCCAAGUUGGAAAAUGGCAUUCAAAAUGUAAACCGCAUCUAUAAAAUCGAACCUGUUUUAAAUUAUUUUAAUAACAGGAUAAAUGAAGUAUAUCAACCAUCAACAAAUUUAUCACUUGAUGAGUCGAUGGUUUUAUGGCGUGGGCGAUUACUUUUCAGACAGUAUAUAAAAAAUAAGCGACAUAAAUAUGGUGUCAAAUUAUAUAUGACUCACACGGAGUUUGUGGUUGAACAAUUAUUGUUGGAGGAUCAUUUUUACAAGGGACAUUCCUUAUUUAUGGAUAAUUAUUAUAAUAGCGUCAACUUGGCUCAUAAACUUUUAGAAAAAAAAACUUAUUGUACUGGAACGCUUAGAAGCAAUGGAAUAAAUAAUCCUAAAAGUGUAAUUGAAAAAAAAAUUCAAGUUGGAGAAUCUAUAUGUAACUACAUGAGUGAUGGAGUAUGCGUUGUAAAGUGGAAGGAUCGUCGGGAAGUUCUCACAAUUAGUUCUGAAUUCAAAGGUGAAACAGUCGAGGCAACUAAUAGACGUGGUACUAUAAAAAUGAAGACAGAGACAGUCGUGCAAUAUAAUCGUUAUAAAAAAAAAUGA